AUGUUUAGAUUGUUUGAUUCCAAUUAUCAAUAGAUGAAUCAAAUUUUUGAAGAUAGUGGGAAUGUUCUCUGGCUUGGGGAUUUUACUGCAGCAUUAGACAGGACUCUUCUCGAUUCUAAAGGGAUUAAGACAGUGUUAACUGUUGCAACGGGCUUAGAUGUUUCUUAUAGAGAGGCUGGAAUAACUCAUAAGGUUUAUCAUAUCCUAGAUUCAGAAACUGCAAACAUAGGUAGAUUAUUUUCGGACACAAACACUUAAAUAACUGAAGGUUUGAAAAGAGGAUCAGUUUUAGUACAUUGUGCUGCUGGAGUCUCUAGGUCUGCUUCAGUGGUGAUAGCAUAUUUGAUGAAAACAAAAGGUUUAGGGUUUUCAGAGGCUUUUAACUUUGUCAAAAAGAGAAGAAGUGUCAUUUAGCCUAAUUAUGGAUUUAUUAAAUAAUUAAGAAAUUAUGAAAAAGAAGUCAAGAUAGUAAAAAAGGAACCACUUCAACUAAAGGUAAGUGAAAAUCCGUCAGAUGGAAAGGGUUGGCAAAUGAUGAAGAAUUAAGAGAAGAAGACAGCCGAUCUAAACAUAGUUGGCCAACAAGCUGUUCAAUAACGAUAACCAAGUGUAUUGGUUUAACCAAAAAUCACAACUUCAAAUUCUACAAGAGCUAAUUCUACUGUGAACUCGAAAAAGUUAUUUGAACCAUAGAAGACUUAUUAAGGACCAUAGAUUGUAACCUAUGCAAAAAAUAAUAAAUUAGUUCUAAAAAAUCAAUUUGCAAUGCCUGAGAUAAAAUAAAAAAAUUACAAGUGA